GGGCGCGGGCACGGCGUUGGCGCGCGCGUGCUCCGUGGGUCGGUGCGGCGGCGGCGGCGGCGGCGGCGCGGGCCCUGGCAGUGGGCGGCGGGCUGCUGGAGCGCCGCGCCGAGCCGGCGGGAGGUGACGGACGGCGAGAGGCGGCGAUGGGAGCGCCGCAGCUGCUCGGGCAGUUAACUUCUCAUCUGAAAGUCUUCCAUGAGAUCUUCAAUUAAAAAAAUAAGUAAUGCCAUUUGUUUCUCUUCAAGACUGAAAUGGGGGCUGUCUUUUCGAGGGCCCCCUGGUUAUGAAUGCGCUUCUGUUUCACAAUGUCUCCUGCUAUGGCAGACGUCCUUGACAUCUGGGCAGUGGACUCGCAGAUAGCAGCAGAUGGCUCCAUCCCCGUGGACUUCCUUUUGCCCACGGGCAUUUAUAUACAGCUGGAGGUGCCUCGGGAAGCCACCAUUUCCUACAUCAAGCAGAUGUUGUGGAAGCAGGUUCACAACUACCCGAUGUUCCACCUCCUGAUGGAAAUCGACGCGUACAUGUUUGCCUGUGUGAACCAGACGGCCGUGUAUGAGGAGCUCGAGGACGAGACCAGGAGACUCUGUGACGUCAGACCUUUCCUUCCAGUUCUCAAAUUAGUGACGAGAAGUUGUGAUCCCGGGGAAAAAUUAGACUCGAAAAUUGGAGUCCUGAUAGGAAAAGGUUUACAUGAAUUUGAUGCCUUGAAGGAUCCGGAAGUGAAUGAAUUCCGUGUAAAAAUGCGCAAAUUCAGUGAAGAGAAGCUCCAGUCGCUUGUGGGACUGUCUUGGAUAGAUUGGCUAAAGCAGACAUAUCCGCCAGAGCAUGAAACAUCGACCCUUGAGAACUUAGAAGAUAAACUUUAUGGAGGAAAGCUUAUUGUGGCUGUUCACUUUGAAAACUGUCAGGAUGUAUUUAGCUUUCAAGUAUCUCCCAAUAUGAACCCUAUUAAAAUUAAUGAAUUGGCAAUCCAGAAACGUUUGACUAUUCACGGCAAAGAAGACGAAGUCAGCCCUUACGAUUAUGUGUUGCAAGUCAGCGGGAGAAUGGAAUAUGUGUUUGGUGACCACCCAUUAAUUCAGUUCCAGUAUAUCCGGAACUGUGUAAUGAACAGGACCUUGCCCCAUUUUAUACUUGUGGAAUGCUGCAAAAUCAAGAAGAUGUAUGAACAGGAAAUGAUUGCCAUAGAGGCCGCCAUAAAUCGUAAUUCAUCCAAUCUUCCCCUUCCUUUACCACCAAAGAAAACACGAAUUAUUUCUCAUAUUUUUGAAAAUAACAAUCCUUUCCAAAUUGUCUUGGUUAAGGGAAAUAAACUUAACACAGAAGAAACUGUAAAAGUUCAUGUCCGGGCUGGUCUUUUUCACGGGACUGAACUCCUGUGCAAACCCCUUGUAAGCUCAGAGAUAUCAGGGAAAAACGACCACGUUUGGAAUGAAACACUGGAAUUUGAUAUUAACACUUGCGACUUGCCGAGGAUGGCUCGAUUAUGUUUUGCUGUUUAUGCAGUUUUGGAUAAAGUGAAAACGAAGAAAUCAACUAAAACUAUUAACACCUCUAAAUACCAGACCAUCAGGAAAGCUGGGAAAGUGCAUUACCCCGUGGCCUGGGUGAAUACCAUGGUGUUUGACUUUAAAGGGCAGUUGAGAUCUGGAGACGUCACGCUGCACAGUUGGUCUUCAUUUCCUGAUGAACUUGAAGAAAUGUUGAAUCCAAUGGGAACCGUUCAAACAAAUCCAUAUACUGAAAAUGCAACGGCUUUACAUAUUAAAUUUCCAGAGACUAAAAAGCAACCUUACUACUACCCUCCCUUUGAUAAGAUCAUCGAAAAGGCAGCUGAGAUUGCAAGCAGCGACAGUGCGAACGUGUCGAGUCGCGGUGGGAAAAAGUUUCUUGCUGUACUCAAAGAAAUCUUGGACAGGGAUCCCUUGUCUCAGUUGUGUGAGAAUGAAAUGGAUCUUAUUUGGACUUUGAGACAAGACUGCAGAGAGAAUUUCCCACAGUCACUGCCAAAGUUACUGCUGUCAAUCAAGUGGAAUAAACUUGAAGAUGUCGCUCAGCUUCAGGCGCUCCUUCAGAUCUGGCCAAAGCUGCCGCCUCGAGAGGCACUAGAGCUCCUGGAUUUCAACUACCCGGACCAGUACGUGCGCGAGUACGCGGUGGGCUGCCUGCGCCAGAUGAGUGAUGAAGAACUCUCCCAGUAUCUCUUGCAGCUGGUGCAAGUUUUAAAGUAUGAGCCUUUUCUCGACUGUGCCCUCUCUAGAUUCCUGCUAGAGAGAGCGCUGGCCAACCGCAGGAUAGGGCAGUUCCUCUUCUGGCACCUCCGGUCAGAAGUGCACAUUCCCGCCGUCUCGGUCCAGUUUGGGGUCAUCCUUGAGGCCUACUGCCGGGGCAGCGUCGGGUACAUGAAAGUGCUGUCCAAACAGGUUGAAGCUCUCAAUAAACUAAAAACUCUGAAUAGUUUGAUCAAACUGAACGCCGUGAAGCUGAACCGGGCCAAGGGGAAGGAGGCCAUGCACACCUGCCUGAAGCAGAGCGCCUACCGCGAGGCCCUGUCCGACCUGCAGUCGCCGCUGAACCCCUGUGUGAUCCUCUCCGAGCUCUAUGUUGAAAAGUGCAAGUACAUGGAUUCCAAGAUGAAGCCCCUAUGGCUGGUGUACAACAACAAGGUGUUUGGCGAGGACUCGGUCGGAGUCAUCUUCAAGAACGGCGACGACUUACGGCAAGAUAUGUUAACGCUGCAGAUGCUGCGUCUGAUGGACUUACUCUGGAAGGAAGCUGGGCUGGAUCUCCGGAUGCUGCCUUACGGCUGCUUAGCAACCGGAGACCGCUCUGGCCUCAUCGAGGUCGUGAGCACCUCGGAAACCAUCGCUGACAUUCAGCUGAACAGCAGCAACGUGGCUGCCGCCGCCGCCUUCAACAAAGACGCCCUCCUGAACUGGCUGAAGGAGUACAACUCCGGGGAUGACCUGGAUCGAGCCAUUGAGGAGUUUACUCUGUCCUGUGCCGGCUACUGUGUAGCUUCUUACGUCCUCGGGAUUGGCGACAGACACAGUGACAACAUCAUGGUCAAGAAAACCGGGCAGCUCUUCCACAUCGACUUUGGACACAUUCUUGGAAAUUUCAAGUCCAAAUUUGGCAUUAAAAGAGAGCGAGUGCCUUUCAUUCUUACCUAUGAUUUCAUCCACGUGAUUCAACAAGGAAAAACAGGAAACACUGAAAAGUUUGGCCGGUUCCGGCAGUGCUGUGAGGACGCGUACCUGAUCUUGCGGCGGCACGGGAAUCUCUUCAUCACUCUCUUUGCACUGAUGCUGACCGCGGGCCUCCCUGAGCUCACGUCCGUCAAGGACAUCCAGUAUCUGAAGGAUUCCCUGGCCUUAGGGAAGAGUGAAGAAGAGGCACUCAAACAGUUCAAGCAGAAAUUCGACGAGGCGCUCAGGGAAAGCUGGACUACGAAGGUGAACUGGAUGGCGCACACCGUGCGGAAGGAUUACCGCUCCUAACCUCGGCCCCGGCCGCCGGCCGCUCGCCCCGUCCAUCCUGCUCUUGCACUAAGUGACAGGACCCUGCCAGAGAUGUCCAAAAGGGAAGGAAGUCCUGAAACUCAGUUCGGUGAAGAACCAGGCAUUCCGCAGAACCUGAUCCGAACAACCCCGACGACCGCCCUCUGCUUUCUGGAUGCUUCCAAGAUUCAUCGUGAAACUGUCAACAUUAUGGAUAAUCAUUUCCUGCUGACUUUGCACGCCAAGGAAUGCUACUAAGAUUGUUUUUUUUUUUUUUUGUCUCUUUCUUUUCUUCUUAAAAAAAAAAAAGUAUUUGGUACUUUUUCCAGAAAGGUGUAAAUACUUCAUUUUAUUAUUGUGACUAAGUGUUACCAUUCAGCCAAUUUAUCCACACCUGGGGACUGAUCUUACAAAUGAAGCUUGAAAAGUUUUUCCCCCCCCCCUCCCUUUUUAAAUUGUGUAAACUACAAAUUAUAAUAUAAUUUGAAAUUAUGAUUAUUUUUCAAAAGAAAUCUUUUAAACCUGUGGAAACAUUAAUUAUUUUGUUGUUAUUUAUCACCAUAAUAGCAUCAUCCCAGCCAGACUUGCUGAAAAUCUGCUGGUAAGGCAAAUAAUAACGAUGCUGCAUAUAUAUUUACAGUGUUUCUCGUGGGAGUUCUGUAUGAAAAGAUGUUUCUUUGAUCUUCAGUCUGUGUUUUAAAGUUUUACGAAAAGCAGAGCUUUUUCUUAAGCAACUUUUUGGUUAUAUGAUCCAGUUCUUCCAGAUGCUUCUGUAAGGAGGCACAUAUUAAUACAGUUUUUACAUGGUGUCUGUGAAAGUGUUCACUUCACAGAGCAUUAUACUUGAGCAAACGUACACAAGGCAGAAAGCGAAUAAAAAGGAGACUAUGGAUUCAACGCCAUAGCUAAAAUUCAGUAUUUUAGUAAAAUGCCAGCUGUUCUUACUGUAUUUAUUAAAACUUGUAAUAAUGUGAUUUUUCAAGGGUCUUCGUUCCAAUUGAAAUAGUUUGUGGAAUUCUUUAAUUUAUUUGUUGAGGUACCAUAUAUUUAGGGUGCUAGAAGGCAAAUAAUGUUAAUAUGUGCAAUAGGAACUACUGGUCUGAAUGUGCGAGUGACCGGCCACUCUCUGAGUAGGGGCAGCACCCUCCGCCCUUCUGCUUAUCCUCCAAAGACGACCGGGGCACCCCCGGCCCCGCGCCCCCUGGCCGGCAGCAAGACGGAGGACCCGCCUCGUGACUGAGUUUUCUAUGGGAGUUUUAUUAAAGAUUGUUCCAUUCUGUCGUCUUCCCUCCUGUUCUCAGUCAGGGCAGUGGCUGAGCUGUUUCAGCUGCUCUUGGCGUGUCACCCCGGGCUCCAGGAAGCAGCCACGUCCACAGACAGGCGUGGCUCAGCUCUGGUCCCCGCCCCCAGCACGGGAGGCCUCCUGGGCUUUCGGAAGAGCGUGAGGUCUGGGGCUACCCCCGUCCGUUUCCAUCCCUUCGGGAAGCAGCUAGGGCCUGGGAGAACGUCCCUCUAUCACCGGGACCAUUUGGGGUUGCUCGCUCUUCUCUGGCCUGAUGCUCAGAGCACCUCGUUUCUUAGAAACUCGGACUGGUGAGCCGGGCCUGCAGGUUCAGGGUGAGGGUUGGAGAUGGCACGGCUCUUUGCCCGGGCAGGGGUGUCCUCAGAUGGAAGGGGAAAGACAGGAAGAGCAAGACAGGGAAGCUAACGCCCUCACAGUGCUGGGAGCAAGCGCAGAGAAGCCCUGGCCGCUUCCCUUCCCCUCAGAGGGUGCCAGGCCCGGGGCCACCGGUGCCACUAGUGCCCUGCGUGGCCGCCGCAUCUCCCCUCCUAACCCGAAUCCACAGAUACUCUGGCCGAGUUGCGUGUCUCUGAGACACAGCGGCUCGGGCUGGGCAGAGGAGGGCGGGCGGCAAGAGGCUGGUGGGGCUCCCAGUGGGCCCAGGUCUGGCUGCAGGAACGGGGGUGGCUACCCAGUGUCUGCCAGGUCAGGGCUCUGGUCAGCACGACUCUUGCCCCCAAGCGCUGGGUUCCCCUCGUCUUCGAGAGCCACACCCCGACACCCGAGAGGACAGCCUCUGUGUGCCCGGGUGCGGGAAGGCGGAGGGGGCUUGAACGCACAGCUUCUCCUGUCCGGGCAGACCAGGCCCUCCAAGGCCCCGACCCCACCCCAGCUUUGCCUGUCAUGACCCCUGUGUAAGGUCUUUAUUUCAUUUCUCAGGGUUUGAGUUUCCUAAUUUGUAAAAUGGGACUGAUAAUAAACUUGAUUUAUAUCCACAA